AUGGCCACCGCCCAGGAACAAGCCACGCGUGCCAUCGCAGCCUUCAUGCGCACCAAUCCUUCCGAUAAGCCCGAAGAGCUUGAGAAGGCAUGUGAGCGUCUCAUCGACGCGAUGCGCUUGGCCACCCCACGCAAAAAGUUGUGCGACUACUCGUUUGACGAAAUGUGUGUCGAAAUGGCCAAGCUCCUGAGCGAACCGAAGCCAGUCCAUCAACACCAGACCGACAACAUCCCGCUCUUCCUCUCUCUCACCGACGACAGAGCCUCAUUUCGGUCCCUGAUCCGCAGGCCCAACAUCCGCGUCACCAGCCCCACCAACGUCAAUGUCGUCGAGUGUCGACAGCGCAUCACUUGCAAGGUCGAUCGUGGCUCCAGCGUCGUCGUACCACUCAUCUCCGAUGCGAGGUGGUUCACCGAGCUGUGCUUCGGCAUCCACAGCGUGCGCCUGGCCAAGAUCGAACGAAAGGCGACAUCCGUUCAAACCGACAACAACCCUAUGAGCGGCAUCCACGCGGCCACGAUCAGCUACGGCCGCACGUCGUCGUCGGGCCACAUCAUCGAGCAUGGCGCGAUCGACGAGCUCGUGCGCAAAAUGGGUCAGCUCUUUGCCGGACAAGAUAGCGGUGCGGACAGAUCCUACACGAUGCUGCCGUUCGCCUCGUCUUUCGAUCCGGAUCGGUACUGGCUGCCCGUGCCAAAAGGCGACCCCGGUUGUUACCACCUCGAGGUGUCUCUCAACGGAAGCCAGUUCGAAUCAUUCGAGGUGGAGUUUACGUGCAUGCUCUUCCGCGGCGAAGCGAGACCGACCCUCGGUCCUCGACUGGUGCUCCCCCGCGUCAACAGCCAAUUCAUGCUCGGCCAAACAGCAUCGUGCUGCGACGGAUUUUUCGAGGUCCGAAUGCCCGUGGACGAGGCCGCCGGGUGCGUCGGCAUGGCCUUGGCGGGCGCGUACGAUCUGCGUCCGGGACAGCUCCUGGAUGAGGCGGUGCUCUUCCACGGCGAAGAAUCCAUCAUCGCAUGGAGCGCCGCCUCUCUUCGCGAGGGAUUCGCCCGCAAGAUGGGCCCGGCUGUCGGCCACUUCACCGAUGGGAUCCACCUACUCGAAUUCGGGCCACACAUGUCCGAUCCGCAACGUGCCAUGAGCAUCACAUCCACCGAUGAACCCCUCACGUUGCGCCUUCGCUUCGCCAAAGGCGACGUCGAUACGAACAUGGCCCUCGUUCGAACUCUUCUUCUUCAGAUACGACGUAUUCACAUGCGGGGAUGA